AUGGACGAGGAUGGAGACGAUUUUGACUAUGACACUGCACCAGAAAGCAACAAGAAGUACACCAUAUUUUGGAUUGAUGGUGGAGCUAACAUGUUCAAAGGUGGAGAUGAUUGCGAUUUCAAAAGAGCGAUCAAAGCAGUGUUCAAUCAGUUGCUGAAAAUAGGCUGCUCUGGCUCACGAACUCAUCGUUAUGGACUUUUUGUCGCGAAUACGGCUAAAUCUGAAACCAAAAUUCCAAAUGCAGUAAAGCACUGUGUUGAGUGGUUUGACUUAAAAGUACGGUCCGAUCAUGAAUCAGGCGAGGAUCAGCGACGCGUAUGUGCUCUGAAAGAAUUCAUAGAUGAAGACAAUGUCGAGAAGGCUUUUGCUAAACGUUUCGAAGGACAUUCCAAAUGUGAUCUAUCGACGCUCCUUUGACAAGGCGUGUCUCAACGGCAGCAAACCAUCGUGUACAUCACCAAUGACACCAACCCAUUUGAGGAAAAUUGGGCUACCCAAUUUGAGGGUUAUUUUACCAGAAUGAAGAAAGGAGUGAAUUCGUUCCGUCAUCAGAAGGGGAAACGAACCAUGGGAGAAUUUUCCGUAGUGCUGCUAAGAAAAGAAGAUGAGGACGAUGACGAAGCUUACGAGAAAGAUACGAGGGUUUGGCGACAACUUGACCCAAAUAUUGGCGCGAGCAGCACUAUUGAAGACCUUGAAACUCAGGUUUUCCAAAAGACAUUUUCACUCAGAGCUUUUAGCAACAUAUCAUUCGAAUUGGGUCCUGGAGUAAAAUUUAGCGUGGCUGUUUAUGCAUUAGCAAGCGAGGCUCGUCCUCCUGCAAAGGAAUAUGUUGACUAUGAUACGGAGGCUCCCGUAGAGAAACGGCAAGUAUGGCUACCAAAAGAUGAAGAGCAAAGCCAAAGCUUCACGCGAAGUCAUGGCCCACAAGUCAAAGAAGAGGUAGAUUCACAGACUGAUGUGCUGGAAGAUACAAAAUGGCUAGAAGAAGAAAUCGAUAACCGGACGCGCGUUAAAUUCGAGUUGAAGAAGGCAAUCAAAAUUGGUGGAGAAUGCAUAGUCAGCGAACAGAGUGAAAUUGAAGAGUUGGGUAGAUUUGAUGCGAAAGGAAUUGUUCUUCUUGGAUUCAGGCCAAUAUCCGAGGUUAACCUUAUGAAUCAUAUCCAGCCAUCCCGAUUUAUAUAUCCCGAUGAAAGUAAUGUUCUUGGCUCUGCCUGCCUCUAUCGUGCUUUAUUAGAACGUUGCUGGGAAAGAAAGAUGGCUAUGAUUUGUCGCUUCUGUUCACGCGCCAACCAAAAAGUGCGUCUAGUCGCACUUGUACCGCAUAUGUCCCAUAAAACCGAAAGCAGGACGGAUACUAUCCGUGACUACGAUUUCGAUGGAUUCCAUGUGGUUUUCCUACCUUUCGCCGAAGAUGUGCGAGAUGUUUCGGAAAAGAUGAAGUGUCCUCAGGGCGAAUGGCCGCAUCCAUCUAAAUCCGAUGUCCAUGUUGCUUCAGCCUUUGUGAAGAAGCUGACUGGUUCAUACAAUCCGUCACAAUACGAAAAUCCAAGUGAGUACGCAUUAUGAAA